GUAAAAAGAUUCUGCUUAAACAAACACCAUUAUAGCAUGGGCUGGUAUGGCUUGCAAGCAUUGACGGAACAGUGGAUUCUGGAUUGUACCAGCAAAUUCUACAGAAGAAUGUCAAAGUAUCCAUCAGUGGACUAAAGUUUAAAUGAAAGAAAAGCUGUUUCAUAGUGCUGAUGGUCAUUCUUGGUAGUUCCUGCUGAAGUGGAUAAAAUCUGAGACAGCAUGGAGACGAAAUAGACUUCAUCAUAGAAAAAUUUCUUGCUGAAACAAUUUACUUCAAAGAGUGCAGGAUGACUGAUCGUGGAAUAAAAUGGGCUUGUGAGUAUUGUACAUAUGAAAACUGGCCAUCUGCGAUCAAGUGUACCAUGUGCCGUGCUCAGAGACCUAGUGGAACUAUUAUCACAGAAGAUCCAUUUAAAAGUACUUCAAGUGAUGUUGGUAGAGACUGGGAUCCUGCAGGUAUUGAAGGAGGCAGCAGUCCUUUGAUAUGUCCAGAUUCUAGUGCAAGACCAAGAGUUAAGUCAUCUUACAAUGUCGAAAGUACAAAUAAGUGGUCAUGUCACAUGUGUACUUACUUGAACUGGCCUCGUGCAAUAAGGUGUACUCAGUGCUUGUCUCAGCGUAGGACCAGGAGCCCCACAGAAUCCCCCCAGUCUUCAGGAUCUGGUACAAGACCAGCUUCUUUUUCUGUGGAUCCUUGUGAGGAAUACAAUGAUAGAAAUAAAUUGAACAUAAGGACACAACACUGGACUUGUUCUGUUUGUACCUAUGAGAAUUGGGCUAAGGCCAGAAAAUGUGUUGUCUGUGAUCACCCACGGCCCAACAACAUUGAAGCAAUAGAACUAGCAGAAACAGAACAGGCUUCUUCCAUAAUAAAUGAGCAGGAAAGAACUCGUUGGAGAGGAAGCUGCAGUAGUGGAAAUAGCCAAAGAAGGUCACCUCCCACCGCUAAAAGAGAAUCUGAAGUGAAAAUGGACUUUCAGAGAAUUGAAGUGGCUGGAGCUGUUGGCAGCAAAGAAGAACUUGAAGUUGAUUUCAAAAAACUAAAACAAAUAAAAAACAGAAUGAAGAAGACUGACUGGUUGUUUCUCAAUGCUUGUGUUGGGGUUGUAGAAGGUGAUCUAGCUGCUAUUGAAGCUUAUAAAUCAUCAGGAGGAGAUAUUGCACGACAACUUACUGCAGAUGAAGUACGCUUGUUAAAUCGGCCUUCGGCUUUUGAUGUGGGAUACACGCUAGUUCACCUUGCAAUACGUUUUCAGAGACAAGAUAUGUUAGCAGUUCUGCUUACAGAGGUGAGUUUUCAUGAUUGCUCAUUAUCAUUAUUGAGUUCAUUACUUAGUAUUGGUUCACAACAAGAUUUUGUAUACGUGUUGGGAACUAUUGCAUUGAUACCUCAGAUGUGUAAUAAUCAAUUGUCUUCCUUUACAGAUAUUGAAGAUUUGCCGCCAACAGUUCAAGAAAAGCUUUUCGAUGAAGUACUUGAUAGGGAUGUUCAAAAAGUGCUGGAAUUGGCUCAGACCUUUAUAAUUGUCAAACUUGAUAUCAUGGUUGUACUGUGGGAAAUGAUUGUUGCAAAAAUGGUGAAAAAUGAUCAGUUGAUAAUUCAGAUUCAGGUAGGAAAGGAUGAUUCACACAAUCCUGAAAAUGGAUACAUACUUUUUUAUAGGUUCUAUACCCGAUGGAAAGAAUGGGAGUCAUGGUAUUCUCAAAGCUUUGGUUUACAUUUCUCACUGCGAGAAGAACAAUGGCAGGAAGACUGGGCAUUUAUACUUUCUCUUGCUAGUCAGCCUGGCGCAAGUUUGGAACAGACACACAUUUUUGUACUUGCACAUAUUCUUAGAAGACCAAUUAUAGUUUAUGGAGUUAAAUAUUAUAAGAGUUUCCGGGGAGAAACUUUAGGAUAUACUCGUUUUCAAGGUGUAUAUUUGCCUUUGUUAUGGGAACAGAGCUUUUGUUGGAAGAGCCCGAUUGCUCUGGGCUACACAAGGGGCCAUUUCUCUGCUUUGGUUGCCAUGGAGAACGAUGGCUAUGGCAAUCGAGGUGCUGGUGCUAACUUGAACACUGAUGAUGAUGUUACUAUUACUUUUUUACCGUUGGUUGACAGUGAAAGGAAGCUGCUGCACAUUCACUUCCUGUCUGCUCAAGAGAUUGGUAAUGAGGAACAGCAAGAGAAGUUGCUUAGGGAAUGGCUGGACUGUUGUGUGACAGAAGGGGGAGUCCUGGUUGCUAUGCAGAAAAGCUCUCGCCGGCGUAACCAUCCCCUGGUAACGCAGAUGGUAGAGAAAUGGCUGGACCGCUAUAGACAAAUCCGCCCCUGUACAUCCCUUUCAGAUGGAGAGGAAGAUGAAGACGAUGACGAUGAAUGAAUGAAAAAUGAAAGAUACCAGCUGCAUAUAAGUGUACGGUGACAACCCCAGCUCUUGGAGCAGUCUAGCAAAUUGUUGCAUGGUGCCCCAAUUGUAGCAGGGAACAUCCUGCGUAGGAUUUUGAGUGGGCAUGGGAAGAAUUCAGAGACUCAUCUGAUGCAAGAAGGAAGUAUGUUGGUUGGACUCAUUUGUAAACAAGAAAAAGAAAGCAAAGCCCUAAAUUUUAUUACCAAGACAGAAAGCAUUUUUCCGGUUGUACAUCUGCCCUUAAUUAUACCACAUAUGGUUGUGUAAGAAGGUUGAGUAAUAGGAAAAAAAGUGUAACCAGCAUCUUACAAUUAUUGAAGGAAAUUCUUUUGAACAAGGGCACUUAAAAGCACAUUGUUGAUUAAUAUCUGUUCCUUUUGAGACUUACAGUAAAAUUUGAUUAUUUUGCAUCUUUUUAAGCAUUCUGACAUAUUUCCUUGAAAUAACAUUUUAUAUGAAAUCUUGCUAAGGCCCAGAUCAGAUCAUCAGAUCAUGUGGCUUUCUUUUUUUCUUUCUUCUUUUUUUUUUUUGUUGAUGCCAUAUAACCAGAGUAACUCAUACGUGCUAAAAAAAUGUAUUGUUCUGUUAAAUUUAAUAUUGUGCCCAUUACAGUAUAAUAAAAUGAAAUUUUAAAGGGAAAACAUAUGGAAGGGAUGAUAAAUCGACUUAAGUGAACUAUUUUCUGUAAAGACUUCUCUAGUAUCCAUUACUACUUUGUAUCACAACUUUGGAAUAAUCCCACCCCCCCCUUUUCAGGCUACUUAAAAUAGUUUAAAAAAAAAAAAGCUGUUCCAGGGAACUUUAUGCUAAACAAUUGUGUGGAGUUUGUAAAACCGAACUGCAUUUUGUCCAAACCCGGUCUUGCUGUGAGUUGUACUAUAGAAAUUAAUAUUUUAUCGCCUUUCCCCAUGCAAGUUAAAAUUGCUUCCACUGAGGAGCAUUCCUUGGUCAUUAAAAUUGAGUGAGAAAGCACUUUGACUGUUUUCCUUAAAAGCCUUCAUUCUAAAGUUUGUUGGGAAGUCCUGUGUACUAUUUUUCCUUAAAAUGUAACCUUCAGAAUCCUGUGCAUGUUGACUGAUUGUGGCCACAUCUGAACUUGUAAGCUUCCUGGAACUGUCAGUUCAGAAUAUAUUCUCCAGUUAAAAAAAAAAAUCUUUUUAUUAUACUUGAUUACCUUAGCUAUGCUGUAUUGAAUGGAUCCAGCCCCACCCAAAAACUCACUGUAAGAACACUAAAGGUUGAAUAGUUUUGUAUGCAAAAUGUAGAUCCUGAUAUGCACUUUUUAAAGACCAAUGAUGGUGAAAAUGAUGACAUGGAACCUGUUAUAAGAUAGAAUCCCUGAUUUAAGAAUCUGAACAGAAACUGUACCUUUUUUUAAACUGAUGUAAACACAUAGGAGCCAUUCUGAAUUAAUUGCUUUUUAAAAUGGUACAUUUUAAGCAAUUGAAAGUUAAACAAAAAUUUCUCAAAAUAAUUCUACUGACAAAUAAACAAUGACAUUUUAUCAAGGUACUGUGUUGAAACAUAUCAAUACAUUUUUCACUCUUAUAGAAGCUUAAUGUUUUACACAAAGAGAAUCACAUUGACCUGUGAUAAAUUUACAGAGCAGUAGAAUCAUUGGAUUUUUUUUUCCUACAACAGGUUGUGCUUUGAUAUACUCCUAUUUUUAAGUUUUCCAAGCGAGUUAAAAAGGAUAUAGUUUAAUACCUUAGUCCUCUGCUUGCUCUACAUUCUUUCCUGUGUUCCUGAACUAAUAGAAUAAAUUAGGUGAUUAUGCUUGAGUAGAAUGAAGAAAAUUGAAAUGUUGCAAGUUGUGCUCCAAAUCUGAGUUACUUCUCAAUUCUAACCGCAAUUUCCUGCAAUGAGAUACGGCCUUCUUGAAUAUAAAUCUUAUUUUAUUUUCCUUUGCCCUAUUAAUAGAAGAAAACGUUUAGCCAUAUUUAACCAAGACUUUAGCCAUUUUCUUGAAUAAAUGCAUUUGGCUGCUAGUAGGGAUUUUAAAAAAUCAGCAAUAUAAAUUUUAUUUUCAUGUUAUACAGCUAUAUAGCAAGCAAUAUACAUAUUAUAUAGUCACAGUACAUCCUUAGGAGGCUCAGCGGAAGUCAGUGGUUUUAUAGAUUGUAAUUCCAGUUGCUCUUUCAGUAUAGCAGCGCAGUUAUUAAUUAUAGCUGUGCCUUGAAACACUAAUUGCAAUAGUAUGCAGGCCUGUCAUCUGAUGUAUAAUUUUU